AGAAAGACGCGCGAGCCUCUGCGGCCCGGAACCGGCCUCGAAACAGUGGCGGAGCCUCAGGCCGCUAGCCCUCCCGCCCCAUGGAGCGGCCCCCGGGGCUGCGGCCGGGCGCGGGCGGGCCCUGGGAGAUGCGGGAGCGGCUGGGCACCGGCGGCUUCGGGAACGUCUGCCUGUAUCAACAUCGGGAACUUGAUCUCAAAAUAGCAAUUAAGUCUUGUCGCCUAGAGCUAAGUACCAAAAACAGAGAACGGUGGUGCCAUGAAAUCCAGAUCAUGAAGAAGUUGAACCACGCCAAUGUUGUAAAGGCCUGUGACGUUCCUGAGGAAUUGAAUUUUUUGAUUAACGAUGUGCCUCUGCUAGCAAUGGAAUAUUGUUCUGGAGGAGAUCUCCGGAAGCUACUCAACAAACCAGAAAAUUGCUGUGGACUUAAAGAAAGCCAGAUACUUUCUUUACUGAGUGAUAUAGGAUCUGGGAUCCGAUAUUUGCAUGAAAACAAAAUUAUACAUCGUGAUCUAAAACCUGAAAACAUAGUUCUUCAGGAUGUUGGUGGAAAGAUUAUGCAUAAAAUAAUUGAUUUGGGAUAUGCCAAAGAUGUUGAUCAAGGAAGUCUUUGUACAUCUUUUGUGGGAACUUUGCAGUAUCUGGCCCCAGAGCUCUUUGAGAAUAAGCCUUAUACAGCCACUGUUGAUUAUUGGAGCUUUGGGACCAUGGUGUUUGAGUGUAUUGCUGGAUAUAGGCCUUUUUUGCAUCAUCUGCAGCCAUUUACCUGGCAUGAGAAGAUUAAGAAGAAGGAUCCAAAGUGUAUAUUUGCAUGUGAAGAAAUGACAGGAGAAGUUCGGUUUAGUAGCCAUUUACCUCAACCAAAUAGCCUUUGUAGUUUAAUAGUAGAACCCAUGGAAAACUGGCUGCAGCUGAUGCUAAACUGGGAUCCUCAGCAGAGAGGAGGACCUGUUGAUCUUACUUUGAAGCAGCCAAGAUGUUUUGUAUUAAUGGAUCACAUUCUGAAUUUGAAGAUAGUACAUAUCCUAAAUAUGACUUCUGCAAAGAUAAUUUCUUUUCUGUUACCACCUGAUGAAAGUCUUCAUUCACUACAGUCUCGUAUUGAGCGGGAAACUGGAAUAAAUACUGGUUCUCAAGAGCUUCUUUCAGAGAUGGGAAUUUCUCUGGAUCCUCGGAAACCAGCCUCUCAGUGUGUUCUGGAUGGAGUUAGGGGCUGUGAUAGCUAUAUGGUUUAUUUGUUUGAUAAAAGUAAGACUGUAUAUGAAGGACCAUUUGCUUCCAGAAGUUUAUCUGACUGUGUAAAUUAUAUUGUACAGGACAGCAAAAUACAGCUUCCAAUUAUCCAGCUGCGUAAAGUGUGGGCUGAAGCAGUACACUAUGUGUCUGGGCUGAAAGAAGACUACAGCAGGCUCUUUCAGGGGCAGAGAGCAGCCAUGUUAAGUCUUCUAAGAUAUAAUACUAACUUGACAAAAAUGAAAAACACUUUGAUCUCAGCAUCUCAGCAACUGAAAGCUAAAUUGGAGUUUUUUCACAAAAGCAUUCAGCUUGACUUGGAAAGAUAUAGUGAGCAGAUGACUUAUGGGAUAUCCUCAGAAAAAAUGUUAAAAGCAUGGAAAGAAAUGGAAGAAAAGGCUAUCCACUAUGCUGAGGUGGGUGUCAUUGGAUACCUGGAGGAUCAAAUCAUGUCCCUGCACACUGAAAUCAUGGAGCUACAGAAGAGCCCCUAUGGACGACGUCAGGGAGACUUGAUGGAAUCUCUGGAACAGCGCGCAAUUGAUCUAUAUAAGCAGUUAAAGCACAGACCUUCAGAUCACUCCUACAGCGACAGCACGGAGAUGGUGAAAAUCAUUGUGCAUACUGUGCAGAGUCAGGACCGGGUUCUCAAGGAGCUGUUUGGUCAUCUGAGCAAGUUGUUGGGCUGUAAGCAGAAGAUUAUUGAUCUACUGCCCAAGGUGGAAAUGGCCCUCAGUAACAUCAAAGAAGCUGACAGUACUGUCAUGUUUAUGCAGGGGAAGAGGCAGAAAGAAAUAUGGCAUCUCCUUAAAAUUGCCUGUACACAGAGUUCUGCUCGGUCCCUUGGAGGAUCCAGUCUAGAAGGUGUAACCCCUCAGCUGCCCCCAACUUCAGCAGAACGUGAACAUCCUCUGUCAUGCGUGGUAACUCCUCAAGAUGGGGAGACUUUAGCACAAAUGAUAGAAGAAAAUUUGAACUGUCUUGGCCAUAUAAGCACUAUUAUUCAUGAAGCAAAUGAAAAACAGGGCAACAGUAUGAUGAGUCUUGAUUGGAGUUGGUUAACAGAAUGACUUGCCACUUAGAGACUCUCCUGAAACCUAUGAAGUUGUUGCUGUACAUGUUGGACAUUUGUUUUUCUCCUGUGAAACCAUUCUUCAAAUACCAGUCAAUGGAAGAAAUGACUAUGAUCAGAAGCUCCACAUGAUUUUACAGCAUAAUAUUUUGACUCUGGGUAAUUUUAACUUCUGAACAGAUAGAAUUUUAUGAGUCAGUGGACUUAAAUCCAUUUGUCUUCAAACCUGGUAAAACAUUAAUUAUUUAACUGAUUCUUUCAACAUUUAACUUUUGGCCAUAAGGCCAAAAUAUUGUAUACAGAGAAGAAAAUCUCAACAUGUAUUCUAAGUAAAAAAGUGUUUGCCUGUGUUUCUGUGGAAGAGACUGCUUGUGUUGUACUUGUGUUGCACUUAACAGUGCUCUUCCCAGCAUCAUAAAAGAGUUUAAUCCCAUUUUCCAUUUUACUGCACAUUUGAUUGUAUCCCUUUCCUAUGAAAGGGACUGUGCAUUUGUGCCUUUAAUACCAGUUGAUUCUUCCAAAUCUUGUUAAGUGUGCUCUGUGUAUAUGUAUUUAAGAUGUACAUUUAAUAAUAUCAAAGAGAAGAUGACUGUUAAUUUAUAAUGUAUUUGAAAGCUUAUCUGUGUUUUCAUUUGUAAAAAUGGGUCUUUUAAGGAAUCUUUCAUGUCUUGUGAUACAAAUUUAUAAAGAUCUGCAUUCCUUAUCUGUAAUUCCAAAAUCAAAAAAUCUUUGAAAACAAGAUUUUUCAUAAGAUUGAUGACAAAAUUCAUCUGCUUGCACAUCCAACAAGAACUGACAUUGAGUCUACUUAUCCCAUUUAGUGUGAAUAUUCUUUUGCUGCAGAAAUAUUACUGUAUUUGAUUGUUUGGGGGAAGGGUGCUGCCACAGACCCUGCCUGAGGUUUAUGUAGUUUGGUAUAUGCACUGAAUUACCUUUCUAAAAUCUGAAAAUUUCAUAAUUCUGAAGCAUCUGGCCCCAAGGGUUUCAAGACUAGAUUGGGUGCCUUCAAGAUGGUAUGGCCGCAGACUGGGUUUCAGAUAAAGGAUUGUGGAUCUAUCGUCUGUUAAAUAAUUUAGAAGGUAUUACUUGUUUUAAAAAUGUGAAGUGCUUUUGUAUUCUAGACAGUUUUUCACUUUGUGUAUUAAACAAUUUUUAAAUUA